CCUGGGCAGCUGUCCCAACUUCAGUAACCGCACGACGGGCCUCCCGGCGCCGCGCCGGCGCGAUGCCGCGCUUGACGGAAGAGUUGAUCAGGAAGAGCGCUGAGCACAAUGACGGCGUGCUGGCGGACUUGGAAGAGAUUGCGCUGCACCAGCGGGAGAUUGAGGGCAUUGAGAGCCUUGAAUUGUGCUGUCGCCAUCUCAAGAUCCUGCUCCUGCAGAAUAACAUCAUCCCAAAGAUGGAAGGUCUAAACAAGCUCAAGGAACUGGAGUACUUGAAUCUUGCCUUGAACAACAUCUCGAAGAUCGAGGGCAUCGAAGGAUGCGAAUCCUUGAAAAAGCUGGACAUGACUGUCAACUUUGUGGGCGUGGAGGAGUUAGAAGAGAGUGUCUACAAUCUCAAGGCGAACAUGAUGCUUGAGGACCUGUACCUCACCGGCAAUCCCUGCUCGGACUGGUCAGGAUACAGAGCUUACGUCGUUGCGCACUUGCCGCAGCUCAAACAGCUGGACGCCAAGCUGAUCGUGCCGCGGGAGCGCAUCAAGGCAAGGCAGCAGCUGCCGAGGCUGCAGCAAGAGCUUGAAGUCGCCGUGGAGGAAGCCAAGCAGAAGCGCUUGGCAGAGCUGGGGCAGCCGGUGUCCGAAGGUGCCUACACCAAGGAGAGCCGCAACGAGAUGUACCUGGAGCUCGCGGAGCAGAAGGCGGAGAAGGAGCGGAACGAGAAGCGGCGGAUGGGCCAAGAGGCCAAGGAGCCGCGGGUGGUGCCGGGCGUCUACAACGCGCGGGGGGAGAUCAGACAGUGCAAUGAGGGCAAGUACAGCUUCGACCUGGAUGACUGGACGCAUUCGGAUAAGAUCGUCUUCGAGCUGGCGGUGCCGAAGUACUUAGACACCACGGCGUUGGACGUGGAUGUGAACCCCCUGUACGUCCGAGUGGUAGUCAAGGACAAGGUCACCCAGCUAAAGCUCUCAGCCGAGGUGAAGCCUGACGCCUCGAAGGUGCAGCGCUCACGCACCACAGGCAUGCUGCAUAUUGACAUGCCGCUGGUGCAGCCGAAUCAGGUGAAGGACCGUAAGGCGCCGGAGCCCGAGCUGCAGCCGCUGAAGCCCUCGGCGGAGCCCACCCCUGCGCGGUCUGGCAGGGGCUAUGGCACCGGUGAAGCAAAUUCGAAGGCGGUGUCAAUUCAAGGCAUCUACAAAGAUCCCAAGCGCGUCGCCUCAAAGAAGCAGGACACGCUGCUCCGGGAGGUGAAGACGGUCCGCGCCAAAGGUGCGCAGGAGGAUGAGGACGACGAUGAUGACAUUCCACCACUAGACAGCCGUAGAUAGGUUUACAAUUGCACGUGCAUGUUUUUUGACAGCUUCUUCCGCAAACGGUCUGCGGAGCGUUUGAGGAAUGCCCAGUUUGCACCAUAUUUCACAGGUGUUUGCCGCGACUCGGCUUGACUAUAACUUCUGUGCAGAAUUUGCUUCAUCUAGUCUCACGUCCAGCUGCAAAAAUGCAGAGGGAGUCAAACGUGCGAGCG